AAGGCUUGCCGUGGUCGUAUUUUCUCUCCUCUCAUUGGUGGGCUGCUCUGUGGCGACGUGGCAAGUGGCUGGAAAUGAAAUGACGCCUUUCGUCGUGCCUCUCACUGAAGUGCCAUUGACUUUUUUGAGGACCCGCUCCUAUUACUUUUUCUACCCAUACUACCAUGCCGUGUGCUGCUUCAGCGGGUGCUUAACAUACUUCGUUGCAGCGAUGUACAAGGAAAAGAAAAUACCUGAGGCUUUGCAGAAGGUGGCAUGGUGUUUCGCUAUUGCCAGUGGCUUGUGCUGCAUUUGCAUAAAGGGACCCUGGUACCGAACAAGUGCUCCGACUACCGAGUUCGGCAAGCUCUGCACGGCGUUCUUUGACCGAAUCCUGUGGUCCGUGUUUCUCGCCUGGGUCACUCUCGCUUGCGCCACGGGACGAGGAGGCUUUGUCGCAUCGUCUCUGAGUUGGCGAGCCCUUCGUCCACUCAGCAGGCUGGCCUUCGCCAUGUACGUCGUCCACAUGCCAUUCAUGCAGUUUACUCUGCACAUUUCAAGAGAAAGGAUGUUCUUCUCGCACUUCUUUAUCGUUUCCUUCUCUAUGGUUGUGCUCACCUGGGGCUGUCUUUUAGCCUACUUGCUCUAUGUGUACUGCGAGGCGCCAGCAUGCAGAACUGUGGAACUCCUCUUUAGAGCUCGGUGCUUGAAGAGCGACAGUGCUGCAGGUGACGAGCUGCCCAUCGUUUUCGGCUCCGAAGAGAAACUGUCACACAUCGGCACAACAUUCCGCAAUGCUGGAAAGGACACCGCAAAGAAAGGUGUCGGCACCACAAUUUCAUUUGACGGUUUUCAUCGGGGCAAUAGUAGCCUCGUUAGCUGCCAUCUAUGACUUCAUUUUCAGAAGUGCAUUUCCUACCCGAAAAUGCUCAAGAACUUAUCAUGUACAAAUGACCCGUUCAGUUAUGGCUUUAAUAAAUAUCUCGGAAUUUCAAAGA